UAUUUUCAGGUGGGAAGUUAGUUCCAUGGAUCUACUUCCGGACUACAUGAAACUUGUUUAUCAAGCAGUUUUGGAUGCUUACAACAUGAUUGAUGAAGAAAUGGCCAAGCAAGGAAAAUUAUAUGCAAUCGACUAUGCAAAAUCCGCAGUGAAAGAUAUGACCAGAGGAUACUUGGCUGAAGCCAAAUGGUACCACGAAGGCUAUGUUCCAAGUUUCGAAGAGUAUAUGCCAACUGCAAUAUUGAGCGGUGGUCAACAAGCGCUUGCAAUCACUUUCCUUCUUGGAAUGGGAGAGUUGGCGACCAAAGAGGCCCUUGAUUGGCUGUAUACUGAUCCUUUAAUUGUUCAAGGUGCAUCAGUGGUAGGCAGGCUCAUGGAUGAUGUGGUAGGCCACGAGUUUGAGCAAAAGAGAGGUCACGUAGCCUCAGCAGUUGAAUGCUACAUGAAACAACAUGGUGUAACAGAAGAAGAGGUAAUUGUUGAAUUUGGAAAGCAAGUUACAAAUGCAUGGAAAGACAUGAACUCAGAGUGCCUCAACCCAACUGCCGCCCCAAUGCCUCUCCUCGUGCGAGUUCUCAAUCUUGCGCGAGUGGUUUAUGUUAUAUACCAUGAUGGAGAUAUUUACACUCAUUCUAAAACCAAGCUCAAGGAAUAUGUGACCUCAGUACUCGUUGAUUAUGUGCCAAUUUGAAAUCUUGCAACAGGUUUAGCCCGAAGAUCAAGUAAUAUGAACACCUAUCUGUAUCGAUUUCUAUGUCGUCAAAUAAAGCAUAUGAACACGUAUGUUCAUUAUAGAUUGCUCUAGUACUGCUUGAAGAGCUAAAGCUAGAGAUGCUUCUA